CCUUAUGAUGCCAUCACUGUGAUUGGCAGAGGGGUGUGUCGUGCAUGCCGAGCGGACACGCCCCUCUUACCGAUCUCGGCAUCCGUGGACGUAGAGUAACAGCAGCCGUAGUAAUUUGACAUGCAUUGAGACCACAUUCUGUGUCACCGUGACAGAAGAAGCUGCUGCUGCCGCACGUCCGACGGAGAGGGAAUACUGCUACUGUACCGGACUCGUUUCAUCCAACCGUUUAUAACGACAGCAGCCCCGGGCAAUGACAUUAACCUAUUGAAAGAGGAAUACUAGAAGGAAAACGCAAAGAUGACGGUGGACUUUGAAGAAUGUAUUAAAGACUCUCCACGAUUCAGGGCUGGCAUCAAUGAGGUGGAGACGGAUGUGGUGGAGAUCGAAGCUAAACUAGAAAAGCUGGUGAAGUUAUGUAGCGGUAUGAUCGAGGCGGGCAGGGCGUACGUAAGCGCCAACAAACUGUUUGUCAACGGCAUCAAAGACUUGUCUCAGCAGUGCAAGAAGGAAGAAAUGAUCUCUGAGUGUCUGGAGAAGUGUGGGGAGAGCCUGCAGGAGAUCGUCAACUACAACAUGAUCCUAUUUGACCAGGCCCAGAGGUCAAUCAAACAGCAACUGCACACCUUCAUCAAAGAGGACGUGCGUAAGUUCAAGGAGACGAAGAAGCAGUUUGACCGUGUGAGGGAGGACAUGGAGAUAGCCCAGGUGAAGAACGCCCAGGCCCCCAGGAACAAACCUCACGAGGUGGAGGAGGCCACUUCCUCUCUCACCCUGACCAGGAAGUGCUUCAGGCACCUGGCCCUGGACUACGUACUGCAGAUCAAUGUUCUUCAGGCUAAGAAGAAGUUUGAGAUCCUUGAUGCAAUGCUGUCGUUCAUGCGAGCCCAGUACACCUUGUUUCAACAGGGUUAUAAAAUAUUGGAUGAGAUUGAUCCCUACAUGAAGAAACUAGCUGCAGAGCUGGAUCAGCUGGUCAUUGACUCAGCCAUGGAGAAGAGAGACCUGGAACACAAACAUGCUACCAUACAGCAGAGGACUCUGAUGGAGGACUUCUCCUAUGAUGAUAAUAAGGUGGAGUUCAACGUGGACGCUCCUAACGGAGUGGUGAUGGAAGGUUACCUGUUCAAGAGGGCCUCCAAUGCCUUCAAGACCUGGAACAGACGGUGGUUCUCCAUACAGAACAGCCAGCUGGUCUACCAGAAGCGACUUAAGGAUGCCCUGACGGUGGUGGUGGAGGACCUGAGGCUGUGUUCAGUCAAACCUUGCGAGGACGGAGAGAGGAGGUUCUGCUUUGAGGUGGUGUCCCCCACUAAGAGCUGUAUGCUCCAGGCAGAGUCAGAGAAGUUACGGCAGGCCUGGAUCCAAGCUGUACAGGCCUCCAUCGCCUCUGCAUACAGAGAGAUAUCAGACAACUACUACAUCGAGCGUCUGGACCGGACAGCCUCCCCUUCUACCAGCAGUAUAGACUCAGCCAGCGAGCCCCGGGGGGAGAAAUGGGGGAGAGGGGGUGAGGGCAGGGGGGAGAGCAUCCUCCACCGGGUGCAGACCCUCCCGGGUAAUGAGCUGUGUUGUGACUGUUCCCAGGCUGCACCAUGCUGGGCCUCCAUCAACCUGGGAGUCCUGCUCUGCAUCGAGUGCUCUGGCAUACACAGGAGUCUGGGGGUUCAUUGCUCCAAGGUUCGUUCACUAACACUGGACUCCUGGGAACCAGAGCUACUCAAGUUGAUGUGUGAGCUGGGUAACAAUGUGAUUAACCACAUCUAUGAGGGAGCUUGUGAGGAACUGGGAGUGAAGAAACCUGGACCUUCCAGUCCUAGACAAGAGAAGGAGGCGUGGAUCAAGGCUAAAUAUGUGGAGAGGCGUUUCCUGAAGAAGAUGAGUGUCAGUGACUCAUUGGUGGAAGGCGAGAGGAAGUCCCGCCCCUGGAGCGUGAAGAAGUGUCAUCGCCACAACAGCUCCGUGCGAGGAGCGCCCAAAACCCGCCGGAAAUACCGACAUGACCCCGGUUUGAUUUCACCAGGAAACCUCUCCGCAGCUGCAGCAGCAGCGAAGCUCCGUCGUGACUCUCUGUUUUGUCCUGAUGAGAUGGACAACCUCUUCUCCUACUUCGACACUGGCAAUGGCACCCGCAGCCCUGCAGGUCUGAGCAGUGACAGUGGGCUGGGAGGCAGUACAGACGGGAGCACAGACAUCCUGGUGUUUGGCUCAGUGGUCGACAGUGUCACCGAGGAGGUAGAGUGUGAGGGUGAGUCAGAAGAGGAGGAGUCUAGCGGGGAAGUGGAGAUAGAGCAGGAGGCGGGAUCAGACCCUGAGGAGCCCCUCUCCCCGGGGGCGUUGCUCUACCGGUCGUCACGGCUACACAACCUGCCACUCAUGGCCGAGGCGCUGGCGCACGGGGCAGACGUCCACUCUGCCAGCGAUGAGGAGGGAAAGACCCCGCUCAUACAGGCCGUGGCAGGGGGCUCUCUGACAGCGUGUGAGUUCCUGCUGCAGAAUGGGGCUGAUGUGAACCAGAGGGACAUGGGGGGGAGAGGACCCCUCCACCACGCUACCUACCUGGGACAUACAGGUCAGGUGUGUCUGUUCCUGAAGAGAGGGGCUUGUCAGACGGAGGUGGAUGAGGAAGGUCACGACCCUCUGAGCAUGGCUGUCCAGGCCGCUAACGCCGAUAUUGUUACACUGUUGCGGUUAGCACGGAUGAACGAGGAGAUGCGCGAGGCGGAGGGUCCGUUUGGUCAGCCAGGUCAAUACCCCAGCAGCUCCCCAACUGAACAUCAGUACAGGAAAUGUAUUCAGGAGUUUAUCUGCCUCACCAUAGACUACUGUUAGGGGGCGCCACUGAGGUAGGAUGCAUCCCAAAUUGCACCCUAUUCCCUAAGUAGUGCACUACAUUUGACCAGAGGCCUAUUGGUACCCUAUUCCCUAUGUAGUGCACUAUUUUUGACCUGGGCCCACUACAAAAGUAGUGCACUACAUAGGGAAUAGGGUGCAAUUUCGAAUACAGAUUAGCCACUACUAACUGGGCAUAUAGAGGCAUAUCAUACAGGGCAGAGUAGUAGGAUGAAGUUGCCCUUAGAUAAACUGGUCUGGAGUCAGUUUUGCUUUGUUACCGUAAUUGGUUAGGGUUAUGAUUUGUGGAGGGUAAAGCUGAUUCUAGAUCUGUGUCUAAGAGCAACAAGGCCCUACUGACCGUAGCGCAGAACAACGUUGUUGUAUCUUACCAACAAUAUGCUUCUCUUCUUCUUCUACAUCCAGAUCUUUUAACCACAUCGCUCACCGUUCAUAUUAUAAACUGAGUGAAACACAGUGUAUCUGGCUGUUCCUAAUAGUCUUGUCUGUGGUUCUCACUGUCAGGCCGUUUACUCGCUACACUGCUCAACACUUCCUGCCUCUCCUGUACACUCUUAGAGAAAAACAAAGUGCUAUCUAGAACCAUUAAUGGCUCUUCGGCUGUCCCCAUCAGGAGAUCCCUUUGAAGAACCCGUGUGUGGGUUCCGUUAUAGAACCCUUUCCACAGAGGAUUCUACAUGGAACACAAAAUAGUUAUAUCUGGAACCAAAAAAGGUUCCCCUGUGGACAUAGCUAAAGAACCCUUCUUUUCUUAGUGUAGGCCUUCCUGUCCAUGUAUUACCUCCCCUCUUCCUCCCUCUUCCUCCCUCUUCCUCCCUCUCUUACCAGUAAGGACCUAAGCUUCCACAGUCUUUACAAUAUUAUUCUACAGUGUCCUUCCUAUUCAGCAUUUUACAGUAGUUUAGAACAUUAUAUUAUAGUGUUCUAUUCAGCAUUUUACAGUAGUUUAGAACAUUAUAUUAUAGUGUUCUAUUCAGCAUUUUACAGUAGUUUAGAACAUUAUAUUAUAGUGUUCUAUUCAGCAUUUUACAGUAGUUUAGAACAUUAUAUUAUAGUGUUCUAUUCAGCAUUUUACAGUAGUUUAGAACAUUAUAUUAUAGUGUUCUAUUCAGCAUUUUACAGUAGUUUAGAACAUUAUAUUAUAGUGUUCUAUUCAGCAUUUUACAGUAGUUUAGAACAUUAUAUUAUAGUGUUCUAUUCAGCAUUUUACAGUAGUUUAUAUUCCAGAAUUUGAUAGUACCAUAAGAAUUUAUCAGCGCCCAUUGUGUUAUAAUGAAUUAGAAUCUGUCGAUUUAGAAAUAAAUGGCAUGAUUACAGUAUGUCUAUAACUCCGUGUUCCUUAAAGGGUUCAAGCUGGCCUGAAAAGGAAGCCUUUUGUCCUUAUGUCUUCUGUGGGAGAUCAAGGUUAGAUGUAAUUCAGUGGCUAGAUGUGCAGGGAUCCAACUGUUGUUCUACGGUGGCAUGAGGUUACAGUGAUAUGGAAUGGGUGUCGUUGUGGCUGCUAUAGGCAUGGUCAAGGAAGGUCCACUGCGUUAGUCUGGGAAGGUGGGGUCGUCAUGUUUCACUGUGUGUGUGUAAUGGGAAGGGACGGAUGCAGGGGUGAAGUGGUUUAAAUGUGAUGAGAAUACCGAAGGACUGAUGGAUGGAGAAAGAGACAAACACCUGCUUUGUUGUUACUUGUGAGUGAGGAUUAAAUGCAUUAUAUAAUUAUUAUUAUUAUUACGAUGAUAUCUUAAUUUUAAAAAACAACAACUUUCCCUUCCUAACAGUAAUGUGCUUUAUUUGUCGUUGCUGUCGUGUUUACGUCAUGCUCUCUCAUUUUGCUCCUUGAGUUUCUGGCUUUUUGUUUUGCAUUAGUUUAUUUAUGUUAAAAUAGGGUAGUAAAAAAAUCCGGAAUCUUCCAUACAUGAUUCCUGGAAAACCGAGGAAUUUGGGGGAAGUUAUUGGAAUGUUGUAGUCCUACGUUGAACCCGGAGGACUUGUGCAAUGAUGAUUAUUAUUACAGAAUUUAUGUGUUUCUGUAAAUUAUUUUCCUUUAUUUUAUUUUAUUUUUUUAUCUUUCAAACUUUUCAAUUAUCCUCACUUUUUAUUUUCUGACUGGAUAUGAUUUGGUCUGGUCUUGCGUCAUUCUGUCACACACACAUUCUGGCUUCAGUUCUAAACAAGGGAUUCAUCAACCCUGAUCUAUACCUAGAAUUACUGUACUAGACUUGUUGAAAAAUGUCAUUUAUUUGUAGACAUUCUAGUGAUUACGUGUUUCUAUAUCUAUAUUUCAAACCUUUUGUUGAUUGCAGUCCUUCGGUGUUUACUGAUAAAGACAUCUUAUUCACGACCACACCAGUGGUGCUUUGGUUGACUUAUGGGGCCAUUGGUAACUGUCCCUGUAGUAGGUAGGGAGAGGAAGAGCUAGACCCAUUUAAUUAUCAUCAAAAACCCAUUGUAAUUCUAUGGUUACAACUGACUGUCUUCUCCGGCCAUCAUUGCUCAAUGCUCAUUAUAUUCUGCAUGCUUUUCGGUUGUGACCGGAACGUUCUAGAACGUAUGUACGCGUUCUAGAAUAUACUCUUGGGCGUUUUUAGAAUGCUGCGUAGUACUUGGGGGCGUUCUAGAAUGCUGUCUGCAUUCGGAGCAUGAUAGUUUCCUAUUUGUCCCCUCAUGGUGCUGUGCAGUCCUGUUAAAAAGCAUGAGCUACAGUACAGUACAGCCACUUCCUGUGAUGUCCUUAAACAACUUCCUCCUGUCUCUUUGGUAGACCUAUGGACCUCUGUGCCAUCUCUACGUCCACUUAUGGACCAGCUAUAGCUUCACUGUUUUGUCAAUUUGAUUUAUUUUUCCUUUUUAAUGAAACAUAGAGCUGAACUGUUUUUCGUUCGCUAGCCGACCUCUGUUUGUUCCUCAACUACGUUGGCAUGAAGUCCUAAAGUAGUUAGAUAUUUUUUUUUUCUCUCUGCCAAAGACUUUGGAAAAGAGAAGUGUGCAACAGUGUUGUUAGGCAUCAAUCAGUUUAACUUCAGCGAGAAUACAUAAAUACCGCGUUUUAACGUCUGAUAACACGUGGUACAGUGAAACAUAAAGUGGUAGAAACAGUGUUCGCCAGUGUUUUUACAAAAUGUUCAAAAGAAGAUAGUCACAGAACAAUUAUUAUUUUCAUCGGUUGUUUUUUAUUUUCAGAGUGUGGCAGCAGGUGAUAUUCUGCAAGUAUUUUGAAUUCAAAGUACAACAACAGGAGUGAUAAAGUCAAUAUAUUUGACCAUGGACUGUGACUAAAUAGGGUGGUAACCUAGCCCAGCUGAAGUGGUGGGUGUUGUUUCUUACUGUUUUAACAUUGGGGUUAAAGGAUGGCUUCUAAACAAACAAACAAACAAACAAACAAACAAACAAACAUGCUGGAAAUAAAAACGCUUUUUAAAAUUUUAACUCUUGACUCAAACUGCCUGCUCUGACUUCCGCAUUCCACCACGGAACCCUGCCUGUUCCGUGCCACCUGUUCUGAUUCUGUUCUCUUCUUCCAAACAUCUAUCUGUGCACUCUUUUUGGAAUAUUGUGACAUAGCUAUCUCUCUGUCCUACUUGGGGAAACAAACAUCCUUGUAUUAAUAUCUCUACAUUUGGAUAUCUUUGGAAUAACUUUCUUUUUGUUCCUUGGUUUUAAGAAACACUGAGAUGGUGAUUUUAAACAAUUUAAAAAAUGCAUAAAGAGAAUAAAACCAAGAAACUCUUGAUGAACUCCUCA